GAACAAGAAGGUAGUAUAGCUCAUGGCGCCUUCUUCUUCUUCCCUCGCCCGCAGCAUCGCCAUCCUCGCUCUCAUAUGCUCUGCCUUGGCAUGCUCCACGGCGGCACAAGUUGCUCAGGGCGGGAGCCGUGAGCCAGGUCGUCCUCCGUCGCCACAGUUCCCGUCGCCGAGGCGGCCGGGGCAGGCACCGCUCACUCCACCGCCGCCGCCAUCACCGAAAAAGAUGAGGGCGCUCCCACCUCACCGGAAGACACUACAGGUUGCUGGUGCCUAGCUCUGAAUUGAAGAUGAUGUCGACGUGUUAUGUCUUGGUGUAUCAAUGCGUGCGCCUCAUGUUAUUAAUAAAGCCUGGACGUAAUAUUUUUACUUCUUCUGUUCUUUAUACUACCUU